AUGGGGGGCCUCGUCAUAAAACGUGCAUAUCUGUUGGCGAAAGGGAAAUGGGAGUUCGAGUACCUGGCUACUCGAAUUCAAGCCAUGUUCUUCCUAGCUACACCCCAUCGAGGAGCAGAUCUGGCUUCAACUUUGUUGAAACUUCUCAGUUUGGGCGGUGGGCCCAGACCGUUCAUUACCGAUCUCCAACGCAAUUCUAGCGCCAUCCAGUCCAUCAAUGACGAAUUUCCCCAUCAUUGCCACGACAUGCAGCUCUGCUCUUUCUACGAGACACUUCCUACUAGCUUUGGCGUCAAGAAAAGUCUUGUGGUGGAUAAAGACCUAGCGAUACUGGGAUAUGCAAAUGAACGGAGAGAGUAUAUACACGCAAAUCAUCGCGGUAUUUGUAAGUAUGCCUCCCAGGAUGAUACAAACUAUCGGACGGUUCGAAAUGCGCUGGCCUCGGGUUUGGACAUCCUACGAAACCGUCUGGCAUCCUCAUCGCGAGACAUCAUCAGUGACCGGCAGCGGUUACUUGAAACGCUCUUAGGCGUAUCUGACGGCCCGGAGGACGAUUUAAUGAACGCUGACAGCUUGAGAAUGAGUGGCUCCUGUGAGUGGCUGGUUGACAAGUCAAAUUUUCAGGAAUGGCUUCACGGUGACAAUUCGCCAAUUUACGUUAUCGUUGCAAAGCCGGCCACUGGCAAGACGAUUCUGUGUGGGAAGGUCAUUACGCACCUCAGAAAGCUGCAAAAGAAGUCCAGCUUCUACUUCUUCAAAUACGGCAACCAAGAGAAAUCUAACAUCACCACCUUUCUAUUGUCCAUGGCCCGGCAAAUGGCUCUUUCGGAUGAGAAUGUCCUUGCGACCUGCCUCAAAAUUUGCGAAAAGGACGACCAACUGAGAAAAGCCGACUACCGUACCAUAUGGCGAAAAUUGUUUUUGGACGGCAUUCUCAAAGUCACGUUCGAACAUAUUCAUUAUUGGGUGAUUGAUGCUCUGGACGAAUGCAAAAGCGAAGCGGAAGUUGUCCCCUUACUCAUGAAGGUGGCUGAAGUAUGCUCCGUACGCGUAUUUUUGACUUCCCGGAACUCAUUUGAGCCCCGUCAGAGACUGGGUCUUUCAAGUGUCCGGGUACUCUCCGAGCCUAUCCUCGAAGAGGAUACCAAAUCCGAUAUCGCAUUGUAUCUGGACGCAAAUGUAGACCAGAUCCCCUCGGCUGAUGACAGAGGCCCGCAACAUAUAGUUCGCCAGAUUGUGGAUAAGUCGAGGGGUUGUUUCUUAUGGGUUACCCUAGUCUUCCAGGAACUGAAAUAUGUUCAUACGUCUGCAGACGUGGAGAGAAUUCUGGACGAAGUUCCUACUGACAUGAACGAAUUGUUUGCUCGAAUAUUGCACAAUAUGUCGAAAGCAUUGUACGGGAAAGCCCUGGCACAGGCCAUACUUACCUGGACGGUAUGCUCUACUCGGCCCUUGAAAAUAGUUGAGCUCUCUGAGGCGCUUCGCUACGCUUGUGACUUCUUUUUCGAACAUAUCAUGCACCUAUCGUGGACAGACAAAGAUGUUUUAUUCGCGCUGGCAAAAUUCUUCAACUCGUCAAAUGUUCUCUCCUGGGUGGAGUAUAUUGCAAAAUACUCCGACCUACAUCGGUUGAUUCAAACAAGCAAGGCUCUCCGCAUAUUCCUUCAAGGAAGCUCUUCUCAGACAUUGCCGCUUGCAAAGGAACUAGUUAUGCUAAACUCCUGGGCUACCGAUCUAAUACGACUGGUGAUGAAGUUCGGUACCAAUCUCAAAGAUUACCCUCACGCAAUCUUCCAUCUCAUUCCCCCCUUUUGCCCGCCUGCGACUGCCCCUUGGAAGCAAUUUGCAUCAACAGCUCGUAGUAUCAAUGUACGUGGAUUGCGUGCCGAGACUUGGGACGACUGCUUAUCGACAAUUGUUAAUACAUACGAGCAAUACUCGAGCCUCGCAUCCUCCACAAUCCAAUUUGCCAUUGGAUCUUUCGGUGGUACCAUUUCUUUAUUUAAACAAUCCACUUUUGAGCAGACUGGCUCCCUUCAACACGGAGAGCCUGUGGGCCCCUUGAAAUUUGGUAAUACUGAGAACAUACUUGUUUCUGCUGGCUCAAAAAGCAUCCGUAUAUGGGAUCUGGCCUCAAAAGUACAGCUAUGGAGAUUCGACGUACCUCAACAGUGUAUGGCACUCACGCUUACCCAUCGCGACCUGUUUCUACUCGGAGCUACGAAAGACCAUCGUUUAAAGAUCUGGGAUUUAAACAACGGAGAUUUGAAGGCGAACGUGGAUUGGACCAGAGGUCUAGAAGAGAUGAGAACCCAACUCUAUCGUCGGCCAGUUACAGCAGCAUUCAGCAUUGACGCAGAUCUGUUGGCUAUCAUAUACAAAGGCCACGACAUCUUGCUUUGGGAUCUUGAGAGCGAUUCUCUGUACGAUAUCUACAGCAGAGAGUCGAGCGCAGUUAGUGGCUCCAGAAGGCCAUAUGGCUCGGCCGGAGUCAGAUGUCUUGUUUUUGGCAAUGGGGCCAACGCCAAUGUACUUAUUUCGGCGUAUGGAGACGGGGAGUUGGUACUGUUUCAUACCUCCACGGGCGAGAUCAAAAACAGGGUCGUUGCCUUCGCAAAUUCCCUUUCCUGCUCGCCAGAUGGCUCCACCUUGGCUACUGCCGAUCCAUCUGGAACCAUCCAAUUGUUCAACCUCGAGACAAUGCAUCUGAUAUAUCGUAUCAAUUCGGUUGAGCCCGGUAUACAGGGCCUUGCUUUCAGUGGAGAUAGUCUACAUUUGAUUGACAUUAGAGGAUCACGAUGCCGUGUUUGGGGCCCCACGGUCCUUGUAGGGCAGAGCGAGGAUGAAGAAGCAAGCGAUAUCGCAAUCGUCUCAAACACACUGCAAGAAACCAGCCUGGUGCCUUCUGAAGAUGUUGUUUUGAUCACAUCGCUAGCAUGUCACGAGAGUGGUGAAGUUUUCUUUUGUGGCAAAGAGGACGGAUCGGUCUAUGUCCAUAAUAUUGAAUCUGGUCUUCCAUCUCGGCAACUUUUCAGCCACGCCCAUGGAGUCCCAAUUGUUUAUCUUUUUUUCGAGGAAAAGAGUCACACUCUGAGUAGCAUCGACUCAUCUAGUCGAAUAAAGAUUCAUAGAUUGACUCGUCAACUUCAGUCUAUGGUGGCGAUUGAGAUCUUAUUCGACCACCGAGCCGACAUGUCAGUGGGCCAAUUGGUAUGCGAAAUAGGGUUAAAUCGAAUUCUUAUUUCCUCUGAAAAAUCAGACAUGCUUUGGUCAAUCUCACUAGAUGAGAGUGUCUUGCUAGCCACCAUUUCUUAUGAGGACCGUGGAUCAUACCGAUGGGCGAACCACCCCUCAAACCCAGGCCACCUUAUCCUCAUAACCCACCACGAGGUGCAUAUCUUCGACUGGUUAGCAUUAAGACGACUUACCGGGCCUGCAGGAAUACGACUGGAAGGCAGUAUACCAUCAGAUCUCUCGAUCUACUCAAUCAUUCCCUGCUUCAAUGGAACAAUCGUGGCGACUAUGUUCAGCGAGGCGCGUUGGCCUCCUGGAAAAUCCAAACUUGUGCUUUGGAACGCCUCCGACUUUACUCUAGUUUCGAAGGCUGUGACCCCCUCCUCAGGGUACAGCGGUCUGAAUGACAAUGUUGAGGUCCUCAUUGGCACUACUGGCACCGACCCGGGGCAGACAGAGCGCUUGGUUUUCCUCGAUGGUAGGAAUUGGGUGUGCAGCGCAGAUCCGAAGGCCGAAAAUGGAAAUCAUUUGGCGCGACAUUUCUUCUUUCCUAGCGACUGGCUUAGUAGGAAUCUCGACUUAAUCUUUGCGGUGACAAAAAGGGGGGACAUAAUCCUAGUGAAGAGGGACGAGGUUGUGAUCGUAAAAAGAGGGCUGCUCACAAGCCAUGCGGCGGGUAUAUAG